GCCCCAGCGCUGCACCACUGCGCUGCCACGGCUGCAGCAUUAGCACGCUAUUUCGCACCCAUUUUCACAAUUCGCCUUAAGUCGGGCGACCCGUCGGUUAUUCUUUACUCUCCUUCCCUUUUUUCUUAACCGUGCUGAAAGCGGGAGGUUGUUUUUGUUGUUUUCCUUCCUUCCCCGACAUGCCGAACAUCGUGCUUUUUAGCGGGAGCUCGCACCACGAUCUGUCCCAGAAAGUGGCCGAUCGGCUCGGACUGGAGCUGGGGAAAGUCGUCACGAAAAAAUUCAGCAACCAGGAGACAUGUGUGGAAAUCGGGGAGAGCGUGCGCGGCGAGGACGUGUACAUCGUGCAGAGCGGCUGCGGGGAAAUCAACGACAACCUGAUGGAGCUGCUCAUCAUGAUAAACGCGUGUAAGAUCGCCUCCUCGUCCCGCGUCACGGCCGUCAUCCCCUGCUUCCCCUACGCCCGGCAGGACAAAAAGGACAAGAGUCGAGCGCCCAUAUCAGCCAAGCUGGUGGCAAACAUGUUGUCUGUCGCCGGGGCCGACCACAUCAUCACCAUGGAUCUACACGCGUCUCAGAUCCAGGGUUUCUUCGACAUUGCCGUAGACAACCUUUACGCAGAGCCCGCCGUGCUCCAAUGGAUACGGGAAAAUAUCCCAGAAUGGAAAAACUGCAUUGUCGUGUCUCCGGAUGCCGGUGGAGCAAAACGCGUGACGUCCAUCGCCGACCGGCUGAACGUGGACUUUGCUCUCAUCCACAAAGAGAGGAAGAAGGCCAACGAAGUGGACCGCAUGGUGCUGGUCGGUGACGUCAAGGACCGCGUUGCCAUCCUGGUGGACGACAUGGCCGACACCUGUGGAACCAUCUGCCACGCCGCCGACAAGCUGAUCGACGCUGGCGCGGUGAAGGUCUACGCCAUCCUCACACACGGCAUCUUCUCCGGUCCGGCCAUCUCGCGCAUCAACAGCGCCCCAUUCGAGGCCGUGGUGGUGACCAACACCAUCCCACAGGAAGAGAAGAUGAAGGCGUGCCCAAAAAUACAGGUCAUCGACAUCGCCAUCAUCCUGGCGGAGGCGAUCAGGAGAACCCACAACGGCGAGUCUGUGUCCUACCUCUUCAGCCACGUACCCUUGUAAAGAACGAGGGUAUCCUCCGUCCCUCCCCCUCCCUGUUGGGCCACUCGGCUGGCCCUCUUUGCCACAUAUCCUCCAGAAUAAAGGCCUGAUGGUUUUUUACCAACCCCGUGUGACUACUUAAAGGUCACGCCCUCACAUUAUCUUUGACAUUGUCACCCAGGAGACGACGUGAAAUAUUUCAUUCUCAGAAGACCAAGUUUCUAUUUAUGAGUAUCUUUUUCUUCCUAUGUUUCGGUCCGGCCGGCCUUGGUCCCCCGAGGCUUGGCCUUCACUUUAACCAAAGGCUCCACUUUGUAAACAUGUUUUUGUACCUCAUAACAAUGAACUCACUUGAAAUGAAGCAUUCCAUGAUGUCAUUCGACAAGCAUUAUGUUGGCCUGCUACACAAUUAUAUAAACGGGUAAUGAAAUGGCACCUUUCCCUCCCUCAGUGUUGCUGUAACAGCUGCUACAAGUAUUAACAUAAUAUAGCCUAACCCUUUACUAGCUAUAUUGAUUGUAAUAGUUCAUGAUUUGUCAGUUUAAAGCUGCACCACUAGUGUGUUGAUCUGACCAAACGAGAGUAAAAUUAUAACUUUUAAUUUUGUGAGACGCUGAGGCGUCUGACCUCGGCCGUGUAACUUCUGCUGCCCCCAGUGGCGGCUCGUCUGCAUGACGGCCCUUUUUAUGUUCAUUGUGCUAUAAUACUAAUAGAUUUAGAGGCAUCUUUAUAAACUCCUGACAGGUCUGUUGAUGGGUGUCUGAUUCGAGUUGUAGGUGGGUGUUUCACCCAUUGUUCCAAAAGGUCAUGAAAACAAAUUGAGCCCGAAGCUUCUUAAAGUGUCAUGAUAUAUAUUGUCAUUGUGGCUGUAAUGGGUCACUUAAUUCCAAUGAGGCAGGUUUAACUGUUUGCCUGCAGGUGGAUAAAAAAAAAAGGUUGGUGGAAAAAGCGUGAUUCCAUUUUGUUUUAUAUGCAACACUUUGAGCCAUUUCUUUGACAAUAAAGCUUUUGACAAUGUA